UCAGACCCGGCCCAGCACGUCCUCCACCGCUGCACCACCACCAUGCCCGGCAGCCAGGCCCAAUUCCGGGCCAGAGACCGCAACAAUGUCCUGAACCGGCCCGAGUUUCUGUCCCUGAACCAGCCAUCCCGCCGGGAACAGGCGGUGGGGGAGGGACGGGGGGGCGGAGGUCCGAGGAGACCUGUGUUCAGACAGCAGAGUCAGCAGGACAGCACAGGGGGGAGGGGGGCCAGAGAGUCCUCCGAGAGCGGUCCAGCUGCUGACAGCGGCGGUGCGAAGGAUGCCUCCCGCUGGCCGGAGCAGGACUGCAUGCAGCUUAACCCGUCUUUCAAAGCGCUGAUACUAGAUCUGAUGACGGUUGCUGGGAUGCAGAAGUUGGUCAAACGUCGGGGACCGUGGGAUUUCCCGCCAACCUUCUUUGACUACAUUGCCAUGGAUAUGUACUCGUUCCCAGCAGCCCACGCCAGUCGGGCCGUCAUGGUGUCCAAGUUUCUGCUGAACCACCUGGUGCUGGCGGUGCCUCUGAGGAUCCUACUCUGCCUGUGGGCCUUCCUGGUGGGCGUGUCUCGGGUGUUGCUGGGGAAACACCACCUGUCAGACGUAGGUUGCGGCUUUGCACUUGGCUUCCUGCACUUCAGCCUGGUGGAGUCGGUGUGGCUGGACUCGGCCACCUGCCAGACGCUCAUCUCCAUCGGCACGCUGGGCUGGACUCUGGUCUGACCUGGUCCAGACUGGUUCUGCUGCAGACUCGGGUCCGGCUUCGCUGGGUUUUUCUGCCCUCCAUCAGCUCAGUGCUGCUGACAGGAGGCAGGGGCCAUGUGGUCCCAACUGUGGAGGACCUGAGGAGGGCUCGUAGGAAUGUUUGAGUCACAGGUACUGAAACAGGAAGUGUCUGCAGUCCCACGUCCUGUGGCGUUUUCUUUCUUGCCACCAUCUCAGAUUCUUCAGUAAAAUUUUGUUGAAGUUUUUUUCAUGUCAGAAACUGAGUUUGGACUUUCAUUCUGCUAAUGUCGAGUUUUAUUUGAAGAACGUCCUCGGCUGUUUGAAGCUUCAUAGUUUUUGCAUUGUUCACUGAGAGUUCACAACAAAAGCUGAAGGUUGUUCCUCAGAGCUAAAGCUCAGGUGUUAUACUGGCGCUACAGAUUCUCUUUUCAGGGAAGUUUUCCCAAAACGAUUGUGUUGACUGUCUCAUCAAAUCUCAGAAACUUCCGAACAGGUGCUGAUUAUGUAUCUGAAAGUGUGAAGUGAAAACAAACCUCUCAGGUUCAGACUCCUUCAAACUCUUUUCUUUUCCUGAUGAGUCGGCAUCAGCUCGAUAAGCGUUUGUCAGCAUGGCGAAUACCUACAGAAGCGUUCACAGAAAUACGCCGCGACUGUAAGGCUGCCAUCGUGUCCCAGAACAAGCAGCUAAUGAGGGCAAUAUUUAUCAAAGACAUGAACUUUGACCUUAACCCCUAACAGCAUCCACGUCUCUGUUUGCGCUGCUGUGGUUUAGCAGGUUUACAGUUUGUUUUCUCCACAAGAACAGGCCUGCCUGAGUCUUCCAGAAACGGUCCAAUCAGAAGAACCUUAAAGGGGAGGAGCUAAAUCAGCUUGUUUAGGACAAGGGAUGAAGGGAGGGGCUGCCCCAUGCCUAGUGUGCACUGUGACUCAUGCAAAGCUGCUUUAUUAGACUUCAAGAAUAGAUUUAAAGAAUGGAAGUGAGCCCAACAUCGCCUCCUCAGACAAACUUUUUAUUAAAACAAAAAAUUGUCCAAGUUUUUCUUCUGAUCUAAACGCUGUUAUCGGAGCGCCGUCUUUAUGCAGAUUAUAC